AUUGGAUGUGUGAAGAAGUUCGUAUCUCGAGAAACGAAUGACCUAAACGUGGAAUGGCGAGUAGCAUCAGCUGGUAGAGUGAACAACAAGAAGCUGCAGUGUGAUGUGAGCUGCACACCCGAGAAACCGAAGCCGGCCAGAGUUCCUUGGAGGACCCUUUGAGAGUGUGGUGUACACAAGCAGGGAGGAAAGGAGUAGGUGGAGAGAUGGCGAGCUGAACGUUAGAACCACCGAUCAAUCGAGGACAGAGCCGAUUGUGAACCGCGGCCGAGCCGCAAGGAGGGGCAAGGCUCGCCUGCAGUUUUCGGAGCCGUUUGGCACCGGCUGAUGGACCGGAGGAGGAGAGUUGGGGGAUGUAGGGAAGGUUGGUGAGGAGGAGAAGGGUGAAUGGGAAGAAAGAAGGUAGUGGGGGGAGAGUUGUGGGCCAAUGCAGACUACAAGACCAUGCUGGCUGCCUCACUGUCAUUACUGCGCCCGCGUACAAGAACCACCGGCCUGCUCCCACACUCUUGGGCAGCGACUGACUGAACGGAACCGCCGCUAGACCACUGAAAGGAGGGGUAGCUGCUUCUCACACCCUUUCCUAGUCUCUUUUUUUUAUUUUCCUCUUUCUCUCUCUCUUUCUUUAGCUUCUUCGUCUGCUGUGUCUAUCUCACUCGCUCGCUCUCUCGCAGUCAUGGUGGAAGUCUGUGCACGAGCUGUGGCUGCCGCGAGUCGCCGCGCGGCACCUGGGUACCGCGUGGACGCAGCGCCAUGAGGGGAAAGAAGCGGGGCUCGCUUCCUGGUAGCCGCCGCUGCUUUUCUUCUGCCGCUUGUCGCCACGGUCUUCCCUGACGGCCAGCGCCGGACAGUCGCGUGACGCUGCCUCCGUGGUGACUGCACCCCGUGUCACCUACUGACCUUUCCUGCCACCCUUGCACCUGCUUACACCCCCGCCAGCAAAGGCCGAGCUACAGACGGGAGCGCUUGAGGAGAAGGCAGCGGAGGGAUCUCGGAGGGAUGUGUGUUAUUUUUACCGUGCUCUGCGUGUCCUUACCAUCCUGUCUGCCGCCAAACUACAACAUCCUCUGCACGAGCUCCCCACAGCAGAUACUUCAACAACCGUCACCGGCGUUGCUGCGUAAUUUCUAACGUAACUCGCUUCCUUCGUCAUCGUUUACCUGUCGCAUCUGAAGAUGAAGUCGAGUGACGUAGCAAGUUUGGCUUUGCUGCCCUUCCUUUGGAUGUCGGCUCUCUUCCUGUCUGCAACGUCGAAGCGACAGGUACCAAAGCCCGACUUUCUGUCUUACGAGGACGUCCUGGUGAAGUACGUUCUAGACGCCUACAAAUCGCGCACCAAGUUCGGGCGACCGGUGCUGAACUUCAACGACACCCUCAAGGUGGAGUUCUCCGUGCAGCUCAAGCAGAUCGUCGACCUGGACGAGAAGGAGCAGGUGCUGACGCUGAACGUCUGGGACCAGUAUCGCUGGUACGAUAAUCACAUUGGAUGGGACCCUGAAGAAUACGGGAACGUCACCAGUGUGCGAAUACCCACAGACAAAAUCUGGAUUCCAGACAUCAAACUCUACAACUACGCUGACCUACGGUUGGACGAGCACCGCGAGGCACUGAGCAUCGUCCACAGCGACGGUGAGAUCUUCUGGAUGCCGCAGGCCGUGUACCGCAGCUCCUGCAACAUCGAUGUCUACUAUUUCCCCUUCGAUGUUCAGAACUGUUCACUCAAGUUCGGCUCCUGGUCCUACGAUGGCUCCAAGCUCAACGUGUCCUUUAAGGAAGAGCGCAACUACUUCGACCUGACGGAGUACGAGGAGAGCAACGCCUGGCGUCUCAUCGACGUGCCGGCCAUGCGCAUCGUGCAGUACUACACCUGCUGCCCCGAGCCCUUCGUCGACCUGCGCUACUACCUGGUCUUCCAGCGCCGCUCCACCUUGUACAACUACAUCCUCAUCCUGCCCUGCAUCCUGCUCACCUCCAUCACACUCAUCCUCUUCUGGAUCCCGCCGGAGUCGCCGGCCAAAAUGCAGCUAGGUCUCUCGAUCUUCAUCGCUUUCUUCAUUCUUCUGAAAAUGCUGGAGAGUCAUUUGCCUCCAGGGGCGGCUCAUAUGCCACUGCUAGGUACUUACUACUGCCUCAACAUGAUCCUCAUCACUCUGUCGUGUUUCCUCAACGUCCUCAUCGUUGACCUCACGGCCUACGGCAUCAGGGCCAACAAGCAUCCGCCGUUCACAUGGUUUUUCUACGACGUGCUGGCACGAGGACUACAGCUGACUCACCUGGUUCGACCCCUCAAGGCAUCUUUGGAGCACCAGAAGACUGUGGACAAGCGGUAUGAGGAGUCGGACAAGUGGACCAACUUCCAGGAUUCCAGCUCAUCCUGCGAGGUCCUUGCCCAGCUCCAGCAAGAGCAGGUUGUGCGGACAUCUGGCCCCCUGGCGGAGAUCGACAACAAGCUGUUCGAACUCCGCAAGUUCAUUCGCGACCAACGACAAAGGAUUGACGACAAGGAGAAGAAAGAGCUACUUGCCAAGCACUGGAGGGGUGUAGCCCUCAUCCUUGAUCGCAUCUUCUUCAUCAACUACCUGAUCAUCAUCACUGGUUCCCUGGGCUACAUUCUUCCGGUCCUGGCGUCGUCGGCCAAUGGGUACGAGUCCACGUUUCUGGAAAUAGCAAAAAAGAAAACUUAAGGGCGCCUUGAGACUCGUGCGCAAAAUUUGGCAAAAACCAAAAAAAAAGGGAAGUCAACUUAAUUUAAAUAGGUCUUAAAAUCACAUUUCUUGUUAUUCCUCGCAGCAGGACGAGAUUUCGCAAUUCUGUGAUGGUGUGAUCAAUCUUAACUGUAAAUGGCUUCAGAAAACUUUGUAGAACAUCAAGACUGACAAGUUGAAAUUCAUUUCAUUGCUUAAAAAGCUGACGCAAUAGAGGAUGUUGUAAUCUACCUCUUUUGCUGGACAAACUGAUGGCUUUUAAAGACUUUUGGAAUGUGGCAUCACUAGCUGUAUACUUUAUGAACCUAACAUCGAUAAGGAAUGGCUUUGUUUGAAUAUUUUGUCAGGACUAAAAGAUUUAAUAGAACAGAAACUGAUCUUCAUCACGUUGACAUAGAAGGAUGCCGGAAGCCACGAAAAACAACAACAUCAACAACAACAAAAGCAGUGGUUAAUAUUAUUUCAAUAUCACCUCCAAGUGGACGAGAAAGGACUUCAAAGUACAAAGAACGAGUAAAAACAGAAUUAGAGGACGUGGUGUUAAAACUUACGGAGUAAAAGUACGAAAGCUUUGUUUGACAAUCAUAACUAUAGUAAUUACUGACUGUGCACUACUAUAGGGCUGUAAAUAAAUAAUGUUUACAGAAAACGAAUUUCUUGGACAAACGGGUUGGAGCAAGUACUUGACGAGAGAAAUCAGUGCCACGAAGCUUAGAGUUGAUGGCUUUGGUCCCUGUGGUACUUGUUCAACAUCUUCUGCUACUUUGACAUUGCAUCAGCGAUGUUGAUAGCAUCUUUCAUUCAGUUUUAUUCUAUUGUUUAUUCUUGUCUGAAACCUUAAAAAAAAACUUUUUAUGACUUUUUCAUAACAUGCACUUCACGAAAGAUGUCUGUGACCUGAUUCACUUGUGGAUAUCACCCAUACAGUCUAACGAAUGCACUCUAUAGAAAAUUGUUAUCUAUAUUUCAUAACAUAUUUAUUUUCAAAAAGCUUUCUACACUGUCUAUAAAAAAUUCGUUGAAAUAAAAACUGAUUGUUUCUACUUCCAUUCACGCCAUUUUUAAUUUAUAUUUAAUUUGCUUGUUUUGAACAUUCUAUAGAAUUUGGGGUGUUGACCUUUAUUUGUAAUUGUCUCUGUGUACAAAAAUUCAUCUCCCCGAUUUUUCGUUUCUUCGUCACUUCUAUCUAUGCACGAACAAUCAGCACUUGGUAUCUUCACACAUACUGGUGACCUUUGUGGUGAAGUGCCGUGCGCAAGUGUGGUCGUAAUCCGUACAAAGAGGCAACCAGUAUCUCCAGUGUGACUUCACGAUAAACAAUAGUUUUUUGCCUUUUAAACUACCAGGGCCCGGGUGCACGGCACGCCACCUGGGUGGCUAAUCCGCGGAUAGUAGCUAAACGCUUAUAAAAUAUUAGCAGGGUAGAUGGGUGGCACUAACCAUGUAGAUAGAGUUUUUACGGCGUGCCGUGCACCCGGCCCCAGACCUGUUGGAUAUUUGCUUGGUGUGAGUGGCAGAAAUGCUGAUGGCCAAGCGAUGAUAACUGGCGAUGAACUAGUAGUUAUUGUACUGAAUGCUUGACUGCUGUUGUAGAUUAUUGUGUCAGAACACAGUCUUAGCAAAGCCCAGCGCUCUGUAAUCUUGCAACAUUAGAAAACAUUUCAGGACUGUCUCUGGUUCACGUGUUCUAUGCCUUUCCUAUCUGUGAUUUACUCAAAUUGAUUAGCACCAAACACUAAGUGUCAAAUUUUCUUGCUUGUUAUCUGGACAUCUUUGCACGAUUUUGUGGAAAACCAUAAAGCUAUGAAGAUUUUGUCGUUUUGUUUUGGACUAAAAGAUAUUGGUUUUUUUAUAUUUUUGGUUUUAGUUGCAGUAUUGUUAUCAAUACCUGUAGAAAUCAUCACUUAUCACUUCUUCACAAGAUAUUUUUCCUUUAGACAAUGUAACUUAGGGUGUAGAUGAAGCUGUGUGUGAUGAUGUGAUUCACAAGCAAUACAGCUUCGUAAGUAUUAAAGAAGAUUAAAGAAUGGUACAGAUA